UAUAAAUAGGCUUGAAAAGACGUCUCGAUAUAGAAGCAGUUAAAGAUGAAGUUCCCUGCGUUCCUACUUACAUUAGGACUAGCGUUUUUCCUUUUUGCAGGAACUACUGAUGCAGCUCAAUCCGAGAAAAGCUCGAUUCGUAAAGAUCGGCUGAGAAGCGUUAACUGUCGCUACGUCAAGGAGAAUGGCUAUUGCAAGUAUUCUUUCGUUGAAAACGAACUCUGCUACGCCACGUGUCGUUGUUCAGACAGCCUCUCGACUAAAAGCUGCCAAAGCGUUAAAACCAAGUUCAAGUGCCAGACAACCUGGAGUAUCAUUUCUUGCCGAUACACCUGUGACCAAUGUUCCCGCAGUAAGUUACAAAUUAAACGUUACUAG